AUGUACCAGAAGAAGGAGGGACGACUUGCCUCUAUGCCUCUUUAUCAUAUGGCUGUUAUGCCGACAGUUUAUUUCUCGGUAUUGCGCAGUGGAUUCAAGGUGUUUCUCAUGUGCCGUUUCACUCUUAAGAAAUCUCUGAGAAAUAUUGUGCGGCAUCAAAUUAUGGUAUGGUAUUGUUGGGGCAGCACUAUCAAGGCAAGGCCCUCAGAAGUGUCUCAAGGCAUUGUUGGGGGAGGGAGUUCCUUUUGCAUAGGUAUGGGCGAUGAUAAGUUUGUUGCUUCUGGCACGUAUGUUGGUACCGAGCUACUGACCUCCUAUAAAGAGAUAACCUGUUUUGUAACUAUAUUCCUAUACCCUCUGGAUGACGAUACUGCUUCUGUGGGAUAUUCUCUACCCGGGAUAUAUCUAAAGCUGUCAUCCGAAGCUAUCUUGACCCUUCUUACUUUACUUGAUCCGAAUAAGCCUGUAUACGAAAGGAUCAUCAGUGCUGACUGGAAGACGGACGAGUUUUUCUACAUGCUGGUAGAUGGUAUAUUGUGGACCGUGGUGCCACCGGAAUUGGAAAAUGUACUGCUUUUUUAUCCUCUUAUUGUCGAUGCAGCUGUGGUGGGCACUGAGGCGUUGGACAAUUGCGGUGAGUGUGCUACGGAGCUCCCGAGGGUAUACGUCGUCAGGAGCUUCCUAUGUCUGAGAGAUGAAGAGGUAAAAAUUUAUCUGGCACAGAGGCCAGCUAAGUAUAAGUGCCUAUAA